AUGGAGCAUAAUAAGCUAAACCUGAUCGAAUUGAUGAUUCCAGAGGAGAAAAGCAAUGAUUCAAACAUCAAUAAUCCCUCUGUCAUGGAAUUAAUACGCAAUCUAAUAUCUGGAAGGGCUUCUCCGCCUUUUGGAACUAGAGAACCAAUCCUCUACCAUCUCCUUCGCAGUUGCUUACUCGCUGAAGAUCUCGUAAAGAUCUCCAUUGUCCUACAUAUUUCCAUUCUUUCGAAUUGCUACAACCGAAAUCUGGAUCUCCUUCAACAAACUUCAAAAAUUCAGCAUAUCUGGAAGCGUCGAUCUACCUCUAAAUUGCAACGACGACAGGCUUCCUUCACAGAAAGAAUUUUCGCGCCAGGUGCUGGACAGUCGAGUAAUUUUAGCAGUGUUCGUCUUAGACGUCUUGGAAAGCGAAUACAAAGGCGGCGUCUUGCUCAUAAUAAUGAUUCCUUCUUCGGACAAGGUUGUGAGGAUGCAACCAUUUCAGAUUCUGAACUCGAAUACACCUCAAGCAGCGAACAGUCCUGUACAACAGUGAUUUACCUUGGAGGCUCACAUCCCCUUAGGAAGUUAAACGCUCCGGAAAGAGUUAAAAGAGUACCUUUGGAGGAAAAGAAAGAGCCUAUUUCAAAAGCGGAGGAGAAAGCGGAACCAGCGCAAGUUCGAUCCCCAAUGCUCUUGCAUCAUCGACGGUUCAAGAGUCGUGGGGGGCAUAAGGCGCCUACUGGGACAAUCACCAAUGAACUUUGGGUGGAUGGACCAAAUGCGAUAACCGCUAUUCCACUCACUCAACGAGCUGUGGAUAAGACAUUGCAUUCAUCAUCGAGAGAUCGAAGUGAAUCGAUAUCUGAAAGGGAGCAGUCCUCUGGAACUCGUGGACGGAGUAAUACCACCGAAAAAGGCAUUCCGGACGGAAAAGCCUUCAAUAAUCACGAAAACUUUGAGCGUCAAAUUGAGUCUCGAAUGCGCAAGUUGAAUUGGUCUAACGAUCCGCAAGACAGUGCCAAGAUUGCUAAACAACUAGAAGCGCUUAUCACUCCGAAAACCGAUCGAAAAGUGAGAACAGGCGAAUCCUUUCGAGAAUCGAGACAACACAAGCAAACUGACCAAAUCCAACAGACUUUAAAUACCUCCGAUUUUCCAACACUGCCGAACUGGAAAUAUGACGCCAUUUCAGCUGUAGCCGCUGGUAAUAUGCGUGGAGUCAAACCCUUCGUGAAGGAAUGGGUGGAGAAGCAGAAUCAAGCAAUUGCAAAUUACCUCGUUGAACAGUCGGUGUCUCCCAAACACGGCAGUAAACCAUCCCGAGGUGCUACGAAGGCAGAUGUCCACUGUCAUGCAGCGAAUAAGACUUCCGAAACACCACAGCCUUCUCGAAAACAUAGGAAUCAUGAGACCAAGAAGCAAGCGGAGGCAGAUGACCUGCUAUUAAAGGCGAACGACUCUGCCUCUCAUUCUCAAAGUCUUCCAAGACAUGUUCCCCCUGAGAUGCUCUGGACAACUCAACAUCAUCCUGUUGGCCCAGCACCGGACAAUUUGAGUAGAGUAGCUCAAUGGGUUGAAUCCGUGUCCACAUCAGAACAAAAUCACCAUGCAAUACCGAAAGGCUGUCCUAAACAUUCACUUCAAAGCUCGCCAUUGUGUAAAAGUUGUAAUAAAACAUCCCCCACCUCCAAUCCUCCCGAAUCUCCUGAAAUUCCGGUUCGAGUAAAUUCAGCUCCUGCUGCUCGCUUUCGAUCUCAUCAUGGAGCCAGGGCGAUUCAUACCAUAGAGGAGUGUCAGAAACCCAACCUCAAUUCUACUAAAGCCCCUUCAGAUCCUCGAAAACCAGACGGUGCUUCGGAUCCAGGAAUUCAUAGAGAUAGGUCUUUCAGCUCAAUUAGUGGGGUAAAUACUAAUGCUGAGGGUCCAAAGACGUCACCUCUAAGAAAACCUGUAUUAAAGCGUUUCGCUGAUCUUUUCGUUUGUUCACCAAGUGUGAAUCGGAGACGACAACAUUCUGGUUCACAUCAUCAACAACCUCAACAACAGCCCUCUGGACAUGUUAGCAAGAUGUGUGUUCCAUUUUUCGGUGGAGUUUCAGCAGAGAGUGGAACUGGUGAGUUGGAAGCCGGACCAAAUGAAGGAGAUCUCACGAUCGAUUCCGUUGGAAUGCUCUUUACUUCAAUGAGUAAAGGGAGUGAGACUGCCGGAGAUGAAAGUUUAUUUCUUGAGCCAGAGAAAAUCCGUCGAACGGCGUCCAGUGGUAACCAACAAAGUGCUGAGAAACUUAACGAGGAAACCCAACUGGGAAGAUUGCGGAUAAAGGAGGCUGGAACAAAGCAUCGAUUUGGUUUUUUACAGAGUCCCCUCUUCAGUAAACGUAGUACAGAAAGAUAUACAUUUCCAACGGAAUCUGUGAAUCCUUCUCAAACAACGCCCUCGUCUAAAUACACUUAUCCAGUUCAAGCAGCAAACCAGCAUCAUCAACAAGAUAGUAUUGCAUUUCAUUGCCAAGUAGUCCUUGAAAAACCACCUCAUACACCCCACUGUCACCAUAAAUGUGUAUCCCAAAGUUCAAGUAGUGGAUUGGGGAGUGAACACAGCGAACAACACUCCCUAAGGUGCCAUUGUUCCGGAGUCCAAACUGGAAGUCGGAUGCGACGAUGUCGAAUGAGGACUCACAGAAAUCGAACUGGAGUUAUCGGAAACCCUGAAGUUGAACAAGAAGGAAUUGUUUCCACGAAGUAUACCAAUGGGGAACAUGCGAGUAGUGGAUAUGAGAGUGUUCUACGGGAUGAUAGCGAACUCUCCUCGCAAUCGUCCAGUGGUGGAUCGUAUCCAUGGCCUCCAGUUGGGGCUAAGGAAGCGGGAUGUCAAACUACUCCAGGUGACUUUGCGGCCAGUGCACUUGUGAUGUCCCAGACGUCUGCGACGAUUCCCGAAGUCCUUACAGGGUCUUUUACAGACACAGUCACAGUUUCACAAACUGGAGACACAAUGCAGGCAUCAACAACUUCAAGAAGUAAUCAAUUUUUUUAUUCAAAUUAA